AUGGGUAAUGAUACUCCAUUUAUUGGUGAAGAAACUACAUCAAGAAUUGGAUGUGCUGAAUCAGUAAUGAUUAACAAAUUUGAGAAUAACUAUUUUAAAAUUGGUAAAAUUAAAAAAUCAUUAGAAGUUAUUGAUAGUCAAGUAGGUAUUGGUGUAUCAUCAAUUGAUGAUAACAAUAUUAUGGACAAAGUGCAUAUUGAAAAUACUAAAUUAUAUGGAGGGGGUUCAAUUGUACCAUGUAACAAAGUCUGUAUAAUUAACAGUACUGAAACUUAUAGUAUCACUCAUCAGUGUAAAGAAGAACUUGUGUUGAAAAGAGUGAAUGACAUUAGAAUUAGAUUAAGUGAAUCUUUGAAGAAGUUUGAAAUGGAAGAGUGUGAUCUAAUUGAUAUUGAUAAUGACAUGAAAGGAAAAGAAGUUAAAAUGGUAAGAUGUCAUGAUAUAAAGAUAGUUGAUACAUCAAAUUCAAUCAACCAGAUUGACUGUGAUAAUGUUGAAGUAAUAACAGAACAACAAAAUGAAAUGAUGGGAGGAUUUGGAAUGAUGAGAGGAUUUAUUCCUAAUAACAUGCCAAUGGGAGGUUUUGGUGGUGGACUCAAUCGUUAA